CUGAAAUCAUCAGCGGCGCGAAUACAGUGUUCUUAUUAUCAACCUUUAUCGUAGCUCUGUCCACGGCGGAUUCUCAACCGGCGGGAAAUUAGGAAAAUAAAAACCGAAAUGGCGGGAAGGAAUCAAAGCUCAAAACCUACACUAUAAAUCUAGAAACCAAUACUCUUCCCAAACCCUAAAUUCCUUAUGUUCUCUGCCAUAGGAAAAAUUGUUGCUUUGUUAAAUUUGGAUAGAAUGGGAAAGAGAAAACAAUCCAGGGUUUCACGCGAUGAGGAAGAGGAAGAAGUGGAAAACCAUUGUUCUUCAAACAAAAAGAGCUUAUAUGAGGUUCUUGGUGUUGACGAGACUGCAUCUCAGCAGGAGAUUAAGAAAGCAUAUUAUAAGUUGGCCCUGAGACUACAUCCUGAUAAAAAUCCCGGUGAUGAGGAAGCUAAAGAGAAAUUUCAGCAAUUGCAAAAGGUGAUAUCCAUUCUUGGUGAUGAGGAGAAACGGGCAGUCUACGAUCAAACUGGUUGCAUUGAUGAUGCGGACCUUGCGGGGAAUGUUGUUGAGAAUUUGAAAGCCUUUUUCAGGGCUAUGUACAAAAAGGUCACUGAGGCUGAUAUUGAAGAGUUUGAAGCAAACUAUAGGGGAUCUGAAUCGGAGAAGAAAGAUUUAACCAAUCUUUAUCAGAAGUGCAAGGGCAAUAUGAAUAAGCUCUUCUGUUCAAUGCUUUGUUCAGAUCCUAAGCUUGACUCACACCGUUUCAAGGAUUUGCUUGAUGAGGCAAUAGCUGCUGGAGAAUUGAAAGAAACCAAAGCCUAUCAGAAAUGGGCAAAGAAAGUAUCUGAAAUAAAGCCACCUACCAGUCCCUUGAGAAGAAAGAAGUCAACUAAACAGUCGAAAUCAGAAUCAGAUCUAUUUGCAAUCAUAUCUCAGCGCAGAAGUGAGAGGAAAGAUCAGUUUGAUUCCAUGUUUUCAUCACUGGUGUCCAAAUACGGGGGUAAUGCAGAUUCUGAACCCACUGAUGAAGAAUUCAAAGCUGCACGGAGGAAAGUUGAAAGCCGCAAGGCCAAGAAAUCAAAGUGCAAAUGAGAUCAAGGACCGUUAACGUUGAAAGCUGUAUUGGGUGAGAUUAUGAAAAAGGUAAUAAUUAUCUCAAGAAACAUGUUGAACCUGUUUAAGCUUUAGGAUAGUUUGUGUUUCAGUUAAUUGAACAAAGCAUUUAAAGAUGUGCUUUCAAGGUUGUUUGGAGCAGCUACAAGUUUCUUCGUUUGCAGUAUAUUUGAACGAUACUGGAAAAUAUAAUCAAACUCUAACA